AUGUCAGCGGGGCUCAAGACUGUAAUAUUGCUAUCAUUCGUGCUCGCUGUUGGAUUCCUGUUAAUCAUACUCUCAUGUGCACUAUGGGUGAAUUGGCUGCCAUUGUUAGUUGGUGCGUAUGACAUGCGUGUGUCGUUCGCUGGUAUUCUUAUCCAAGUAUUCUCAGCGUUGACGUUCGUGCUUGCUCCUUUGCCCAAUGCCCUAUUUGCCCACUGCGGAGGAGACGAAUUUUCCUCAAGUGACAACGCCACGGGUGCUGUGGACCUCGGCCGCUUCCUUACUUCAAUCAUUGUUGUCACUGGAUUUGCGCUCCCCGUCGUUCUCACCCAUUCCGAGGUUCUGAAACCAGGCGCUUGUGCAAUGUCCAUCAUCGGUGGAGGACUGGUGUAUGGAACCAUAUUGGCAUAUUCAGCAGCGUUCAGACAGGAUGAUGAAUACGACUGA